AUGGAGCUUUUACAAGAAAACUACAAGCAUUCCGCCGAGAGAUUGGACAAACCGUCGGCCUACUUGAUUAAAAGGGCAGUCCGUAGACAGAAUCUCGAUAAUUUGGAUAAAUCACUCCACCUGAAAACUGUCUAUGUGGGAAACUUGUCACACUUCACCACCGAAGAACAGAUUCAUGAAUUGUUUCUGAAAUGUGGACCUAUAGACAGAAUCAUUAUGGGACUUGAUAGAAACAAGAUGACGCCCUGUGGGUUCUGCUUUGUCAUAUAUAAAGUUGAAGAAGGAUCCUUGAAUGCCAUGAAGUUCUUGAAAUCUACAUAUUUGGAUGGACAAUCUUUAUCCAUCGAUUUGGAUCCUGGGUUCAGAGAAGGAAGACAGUUUGGAAGAGGUAUAUUUGGAGGCCAGGCUAGUCAGGAGGCCGCCGAAGCUGAAGGUUUCAAGGGCGAUAGAGGUGGUUUCAGAGGUGGUUUCAGAGGAAGAGGAAGGGGCUUCAGAGGUGGUCGUGGCUUCAGAGGUGGAUACCGUGGAAGAGGUGGACCAGGAUUUAGAGGCGGUAGAGGUGGAUACAAUUCGGGUUUCAAUGGAGGACAAUCCAGAGCGCCUAAAAAGCACCCCAAAGUUAAGACACAUAACCGCUCGCUUUCACACAACAAGUUGGUUAGCAAAUUAGCAUCUCCCUCGGGAUCUUCUCUGCACUUGGUUAGGCCAGUGUUGAAUAGAUCCAAGUCUACAGAUGGUCUCAUUAAAAAUAGACAGAAUACAUCAUUAAAAAGGAACAAUCGAUCAGUCACCAAGCUUACAGGUUUGCAUCCGCUUAAGCCUUCUCUCUCUAAUACAUCGAUAAAGUUGAACAAAUCCACGGGAUCUUUAAAGGGAUUGAACAACUCAACGGGACAACUAGUUCCGCUAAGCGGACUUAAGUCAAGCGGCCGGAAGGGCAAGGCAAUCUUGCGAUUAAAUGAGGACGAUAAUGACGACUAUGAAGAUUUGGAUAACGACGAUAGUAAAAUGCUCAAGGGUGCAGAAUCAAAGGACAGUUCAGGCAUAAAUAAUGAGGCAGAUUACUUCAAUCAAUCACAACAUCUGGACACUAGCCCUUCUAAAGACCACACAAAAUCUGAUAGCUUGCACGAAGGUGAAAUGGUUCUGGGAACCGAUGGAAACGAGAAGGCGUCUUACGAGUCCUUUGGAGAGAAAAUGCAUCCUAGGGAUGAAAACCCUUAUGAAAGUGGCCACAACCAAAGGGAAUAUGAGUCUUCCAGUCAAAACUAUCAAGAUCAAUCAGAGGAAAGCACCAGGCAGGAACUUGUGGAUUCAACCAGUGAAAAAAGUCAAAGAUCUGAAUUGUAUGAUGACCUGACAAGUUCGCAGGAGAAGGAAAACCAAUACAAUAAGCUCAAUUCCAAGCAUACUGUUAGCACUCGCAGUUCAACUGAUGAUUUCUCCAACAACAUGUAUGGCGGUUCGUUGUUAUUAUCUCAAUCUACAGGAUUAACCAAGAAACUUGACAAGAGACUCGGAAAUCAACUAAUGCAUCAAAAGCUUUUAGGCUCUGACGCCUAUUCCAACAAUGGUACAAAAUCAGGCUCGAAUGUUUCCAUCCCUCAAAAUCAAUCGUUUGUUGAUUCUAAUGCUUUUGAGCCUAACAGCGGAAUUUCUUUUAAAGCAAAUCCAAUAGAGAGUCUUGCAGAACCUGUCAUUACCAAUAAAAAUGUAAUUCAGAAUAACUCCUAUCAACCAAAUCAAACGAUAUUUAAUAACUUGCAAAGAACAAACAGUCAGUAUUUAUCAUCCAAAAAGCAGACUCCAGGGCAAAAUCAUCAUUCAAAUGUUACUCAAAAUCAAAAUCAUCAUCACCAUCAACAUCAAAAUCAGAAGAUCAACCAAAAUCAGCAGCAUGAACAUGCGAUACCAAACGGGGUGAACAACUUUUCAAACUUUUUGACUAACAAUAACAACUCUGAUCAAAACUCAGUGCCACACAAUUUAGAGACUAGAGCUCAACAAAGAUUAUGGUUACAGAGAGAAAACUCGUUGUUAGAUAUCUCAAACUUGGACCCUAACAACUUAGCUAAUUUCUCAAAUCUAUCAUUAAACAAUCUAAUGUUUGCUAAUAAUUACAAUAACAGUGUUGUGAAUCCCAGUCCCAUAAAUUUAAGGGAUCAACAACAACAGCAGCCUAUGUUUCCUUUGACACCAGGAGGAAUCAAUCACCCUGCAAGGGUAGCAGCAAUUGCUAAUGGAGAGGGACGAGGAUUGGGAGAUGCAGGUCAAGGACUCAGUGUGAAUCAAAUGUCUAAUAUGCACAAUUUGCAACUAAAUGCCAACAAUCUGGUAGCUUUAAGCGGUACUCCAGAAAAUCAUUCAAGCAGCAUGACUAACAUUAACGGUUUGUUAUUGAUGGCACAAAAUAGUCAUCAAAACUCGAUUCAAUCGAGAACAGAGUUCGAACGUUUAAACAGAGAGUAUUUGAAUGUUAGAAGACAUUUAAAUCCUGCUGCUGAAAGUUUGAGCAGGGUGGAGAAGUAUGCACACGGAGGAAAAGAUAUCGUGGUUUCGAAGAAUAAGAAGAAUCGUAGCGGGAGUGCAAGUACUCAUGGUGAUUCUGUUAUCUCAAGCUCUUCCAACGGUACUUUCAGGGAAGUGUCCAACAUUUAUCUGGAAAAGGAACAGGAGCUUAACGUGACUUUGAAUCGGUUAUGGCAAGAAGCUGUCAUGUCUUCUCAAUCCUCUCACUCACCUUCGCCUUCCCCUUCGAGGCAAUCUGGGCAACCCACCCAAUCACAGGGCCUCAUGAACCAAGCAUUGCAGAUGCAAAGGCCAGGUAAUGCUCGAGUUGCUUCAUUUUCUAAUCAGCAACCUAUGGCCAACAACAGGUCAGUACAUACACCAACUACUAGGGCAGUCAAGUUAGCGGCGCAAGCAGCUGCUUCUGGCACUCAAAAGAAGCGAGGAGAACAGAAUUUGAAUAUUACUUGA